AUGGACAUCACACAUUUCAUUACAAGUCAUCGCGAGGCGCUCCAGGUCGGUGAUCACAAUGCCUACAGAGCGCAGCUAUCUCGCCAAUUACUCGCCGCGCGCAAACGAUUCGGAAGGGCCACUCACAAACGCGAGAAGUUCGCCGUGAAGCCAGUCACCGCAGAGGACAUUGGGAAUAACCAUGAGUUUGCACAUUUACUCUUGCUCACAUCUGAGCGUGCAUGGGCACAUGCUAUGCAUAUUAAAGCAUCACAUGCCGACGACAAUGCUGGCAAAGGCAUUACUGGUACAACACGGAGCCAUCUCAUCUCACGGCUACACAAGGCAGCGAAAGUCGCUGAAGAGCUUGUAGAGCUAUUAACUGAUCAGGCUGUAUCGAAAGCUACCCGACAGAAUAUCUUGGAGGCGCGCGCAUACUCGGCCACCCUCGCUGGUUCGGAGGAGUUCGAGAGACAAUCUGAGGGCCAAAGGUCAAGUGACGGACAGAGCAGUGAAAAGAGAUGGCAGAAAUGUCUGAGAUACUUCUCCGAAGCUCGAGUCAUCUAUGCAGCUCUUCUCUCAAGGGAUAAGAAGGAGUUGUACAGGGAUGUACUGAGCAGUACUAUUGAUCCGACGAUACGGUAUGCUGCGUAUCAGGCGCAUCUCGCCCGAACCCUCACCAAUGCGACUGUCGCGAUACGAUACUUUCCCAAGGAAGACGCCAAGCUUCUCGAGCUCGUCGAAGAUGUGGACCCAAACGCUUUGAAAGAUGUCCCUGUGGUAAAGGCCGAGGAUGCGGAGAUGACAGAUGCGGCGCUAGCCAAUGUCUCGGUUGCAGAGGCUCGCCUGCGGGCAUACUUGAACACGAAUGCGAGUGCUUCUGCCAAGGACAAAGCCGCAGCAUAUGACGGUAUCCUCAUCGCAUCACAAGAUGCCGCAGAUGCAACAAAACGAGCAACGGACGAGCUGGAAAAAGAGCGCGUCGAUGAAGGUGACCGUCGCAUGCAGGACCUACGCGUCACAAGUCUAUCUAUACACUACGGUCUUGUGUCAUGGCGAGUCGGACGCAAUCGAGUCCUCAUUGGCGAUGAUGAUGGAUUGGCGUUCGAACCAACACAGCCGAAGCACCCUCGCCGGACUCGCAAAGAGGGAGCUGAGCCUCGUCCGAAGGAGGAACCCCGCGGAAGACGUUUGGCCAGGUUGCGGGAACGUAUCGUUCUUUACGAUGCCAUCAUUCAAAGCAUCAAUUCUGUCAAGGAUCUGCGCGGUACUAUGCGCGACACGAAAUUUGUGGAGGAGCUUGACAGCAAGGCGGCGUACUUCAGGGCACUAAAAUGCGUCAAUAUUUCGUACUCGUACAGUCUCGUGGACAGCCACGUCAACGCUCUGGCUUUGCUCAAACGAGCGCAAGAUCUUCUCACUGAGCACUCCUCGAUCCCGCAGGGCACACAUUCUAUGGACAGUCCACCAACCUUGGACGUGCUGCCAUCAACAACGGAGUUGGUCAAGGCGCGCGUCGACUCGCUCGUAGCACGAAUGCAUGCAAUCGUGGAGCUGCACAACCACGAGCAGACUUCGGCGAAAGCAGCCUCCAAGAGCCAAAUCGCUGAUGCUCCGCUCUCGGCUCGUCUCGAUCAGUAUCCCGCGCCGGGCGUACAAGUGGACCUGAAUAAUUUGGUGGCCUAUCCUCCGAAGCUUGAGCCGGUGCCGGUCAAACCCAUCUUCCUGGAUGUUGCAUUCAAUUACAUAGAGUAUCCUGGACGGGCUGCUGCGCAAGUCGUGAAAGCUGCUCGACCGAGUGAGGACUCGGCGAGCGAGGAAUCGGCGCAGCCUGCGCCCAAGAAGGGCUGGUUUGGGUUUGGUCGGUGA